GGGAAUCAUGCGCACUUGGAGAACUUUGAUGCUCGUAUAGUCCGGGUUAGGUGCAUACAAUGCGCUAUUGACUGUGAUCUGAUUCCUGUGGCAAGGCUGUAUAAAGGCCCUGUGUGUGCCUUCACUUUCCACGCAAUCGUCCCUUCCAUCCGCAAUUGUUCCUACUUGGUCUACUGCAAACCAUACCCAAGAUGACUACCGAGAAGGCCGCUAUGUCUGAACACAUUGAGAACGACAACCCAUCUAGCCAUGAUACCAUCGACCUCCCUAACAGUGCCGAGGCACAGGCAGCCAUUGCGAAAGAGCGUGAGAUGACUCUAUGGGAGGCGCUCAGACUCUAUCCGAAGGCCGUGGGGUGGUCACUUUUAUUCUCUUGUGCUAUCAUCAUGGAAGGCUACGAUGUUGUCCUCAUCGGUUCUUUCCUCGCUUUUCCUGCAUUCAACGAAAAAUACGGACAUCUCAUGUCGGACGGAACAUAUGGACUCGAAGCUAAGUGGCAAGCCGGUGUAAACAACGCGAUGGCCUGCGGUCAAAUUAUUGGACUUUUCCUCAACGGACUUAUCUCAGAGCGCUUGGGAUACCGAAAGACCCUGAUGGCAUGUCUUGCCGCCACCAUUGGUUUCGUUUUCAUUCUCUUCUUUGCGCCGAAUAUCCAAACUCUUGUGGUCGGCGAGCUCUUCAUGGGCAUCCCCCUUGGAGUAUAUCAAACCCUCGUCGUGACAUACGCAUCCGAAGUGUGUCCUAUAGCGUUGCGCGCAUACCUUACCACCUAUGUGAACCUCUGCUGGGUGCUAGGCCAAUUGCUCGCCUCUGGCGUGCUGAAGGGUCUCGCCGAGCGCACCGAUCAGUGGGCAUACCGUAUCCCCUUCGCUCUGCAGUGGAUCUGGCCCAUCCCCAUUUUCAUCGGGGUGUUUCUGGCCCCCGAGAGCCCCUGGUGGCUCAUUCGGCAAGACCGCCGUGAAGACGCCGUCAAGGCUGUGAAACGAUUGACGAGCGCCAGCGCAGACUUCAACGCCGAAGAAACCGUCUCGAUGAUCGUAUACACCGACGCACUCGAGCGACGUGCGGAAACCGGUACCUCAUAUCUUGACUGCUUCAAGAAAACCGACUUGCGCCGAACCGAAAUCGCCUGCUGUGCAUGGGCGGCGCAGAGUUUGUGCGGCGCAGGUCUGAUGGGCUACUCUACCGUCUUCUACCAGCGUGCGGGUCUCGCCGUGUCACAGUCGUUCACCAUGUCGCUCGUACAAUAUGCCCUAGGAGUGGUGGGGACCUUCGUCUCCUGGACAGCGAUGUCCUACUUCGGCCGUCGCACCCUCUACGUCGGCGGUCUCUUUCUCCUAGCCAUUGUACUAUUCGUCAUCGGGUUCGUCUCUAUCGCCCCAUCCACACCCGCCAUCUCCUGGGCAACCGGAUCCAUGCUUCUCGUCUACACCUUUAUCUACGACUCCUCCAUCGGACCCGUCUGCUUCGCUCUCGUCGGCGAAAUCCCGUCCUCCAGACUCCGUACUAAGACAGUGGUACUCGCCCGAAACGUGUACAAUAUUCUCAAUCUCGUCACUGGACUCAUCAUCCCGUAUAUGCUCAACGUGGAUGCUUGGAACUGGCGUGGAAAAUCAGGUUUCUUCUGGGGUGCGCUCUGCGUUUGCUGUUUGACAUGGUCGUUCUUCCGCCUGCCAGAACCUAAGGGACGGUCGUAUGCUGAGUUGGAUCUGUUGUUUGAGAGAAGGGUCAAGACGAGAGAGUUUGCAACUGCUAAGACUGGGCUGGAGGAUUCGCAGAGCGACGCGAAGGAUGAUAUGGUGAAGGUCUGAGACUUGAUUUGGGUAUUCAGUUGGGAUUCGUAUAAUAAGGAGCAAGUGGU